AUAAACUCUUUUUUAUAAAACAAAUGUUUACUUUGAAUAACUGAUCUUUGAAACAUGAGAAAAAAUAAAUCUGUAGUUAUCAAAUUCUACAAAUGGUUACGAAAACAGAAAAACACAGUGUCAAGGGAAUCUUCAGUAAUUAAUAAAAAAUUUAGUAAAAGAAAAACGUCAAAGAAAUUUAAGCUACAAACAUCAUCGAAAAAUUCAUAUUUCAAAAUAUCAAAUAAGGGAAAAGUUAAAAAAACUUAUUCUGAUUCGUCAAAAGUUCUUACGGAAUCUUCUUCAAAUUAUUAUUUUGAUAGUGAAGAUAAUGAUUUGAUAACGACAAUACAAAGAAGUAGUAAACACGGAAAUGUAGCAGAAUCAAAUAUAACUAAAAAAUUUUUCAAUAUUGAGAAAAGUUCAACAGAUUCUGUAAAAAUAUCAAAAAAUGACACACGCAAUUUUCCAACACAAAUAUUAAUUGCCGAAAAUGAAGAUCCUGUAGAAACGGCAACAAAUUUGGAUGAUUUUCAAUAUUUUUUAGGAAAAAUAACUGAUAUGACAUUGUGUGAUAUUCUACAGCGUUUUAAGAAAAUGCAAUCAAAUGAAGAUGUCAUACAAGAAGUAUACGAAGCAAUCAGACAGAUUUUGAUAACUCGCUUAAGUCAACAGAAACAGGUUUCAGCAGGCAUCAAAGAUAUACUACAGAAUUUAACGAUAGAUACUGAAAUGCUUGAAACCAUUCAAAAUGCUGCGAAAAAUGUUUUGAUUAAUCGAUUAAUUCAAGAGGAAAAAUCUAAUAUUGAUGUUCAGACAGUUACAGCCAUAAAUGAACCUUUAAUUAAACAGCAAAUGUGGUCAGAAAGUACUAUAACAAUAAUAAAUCGGAAGGAAGGAGAUAAAGCAAAAAUUAGACAAGAGUCUUUUCUUGUACCUCUUGAAGAUGUGGAUAUUGAAGUCACAUUAUGUGAUCGUCCGAAAACUAUUUCUCAACAUGAGUCAUAUUUUUCUGCUCCUAUAGUUGCCCAAAAAAAUGAAAAAGAAUUAAUUAUUGAAGAUAUCAUACUGGAACCAAAACAAGUACAAAUUUUAGAAAUGCGCACUAAGAAUAAAGAUUAUGGACACAAGAACAGAAUUCAGGAUUAUGAACAUGGUACUUCAAGAGAUAAUUUUCUUCAGCACAAAAUUUCAGGUAAAAGGAUAACGAAUUCAAUAGGAAAAUCACAUUCAUUUCAGAAGAUAGAAGCUGCCAGUUUUAAUUUAGAAUGUGAUACCGCCAAUGCUUUUCAGACAAUUCCUUUACAGUCACCAUCACCUGUUGUUAAUGAAACAGAAAACAUAAAUGGCGCAGAAACUAAAAAAUCAUAUGAUUCGUUAAAUGAAAAUAUAAAACCUUUUCUACAAGAUCAACGUGAUAGAUCUGACGAAAGUAUUAAAAUAUCAGAUAUGCAUAUAAUAAAGAAAUCGAAUGAAGAUAUACCGACAGAACUACAUUCUUUAAACAUAACAGGGUCGAUAUCCGAGAAAGAUAAGGAAAACGAUAUUGAUAAUAUGAAAAAUGAAAGUCUAAAACAUUGUAUCAUUCAUAAAUCUGAAAAAAGAAAUAUACCGUAUCCCUUCUUCAAGCUUCCCGCUGAAGAAGAAAAUCUAAAUGGAAGCGUAAAAAGUGAUGCUGACAUACAAUUAACAGAAUUUGAUGAAUUAUCAGAACAACAUGAAGAUGAGGAAAAUGAAAAAAUUAUAUCUUCAUUCAAAGAUUUAGAAGACUAUAAUAAUAACGAAAAAUGUGACACUGAAGAAAAUAAUUUAACAGAAAUAUCUAUAUAUCCAGAUAGUUAUUACAUUCAGGACAUUGAAAGUACCGAAGAAUUGCCUGUUCCGACUUCACCCACAAAUAUUGUUUCUUCUGCAGUUAGUAAACAAUCAAGUACAUUAUUACCUGCAAUAGGAUCCGAAGAAAAAUUGUUGGAAACAAAUGAUAUUAACUUAAAAAUUGUUUCAGUUGUUCCUACUUCAAAACAAUCAACUGUACAAAUCUCCACAGUAGAGGUUUCUGAAGAGUGUAUAAAGGAAUCAUUAAACAUACAGUCUCCUAUUGCACAGAAUUACAUAAAUCGUAAAUAUGCAACGUUCAAAAGUUCUGUUUCCAAUAUAAAUUCAAUCUUCGUCUCAAAAAAAGAAAUUUUACAGUCAACUAUAAGUAAACAAAAUAUUGAAACAAAUCAACUUCUCAAUUAUAAAUGUCAGACUUUGGAUCCAAUCAAAGAGGAUAUUAAAAUUUCCAGUUUACAACAGAGUUUGAAAAAAGAAAGCACAAUAAAUGAAGAUAAAAUUUCUAAAAAUAUUCAAUAUAUGGACUCUAAACAAGAAUUUAUUCCAGUUUUUAGAACUAAAGUUGCUGAAGAAUUGAGUUGCAAAUUUGCGUCAUUACUUUCUCAAAAAAGUACAAUAGGAAGAUGCGAAUCAAGCAUUUCUAUUACCAACUUCAAUGAUUCAGAAUACGAUUUUUCUGUUUUAUCCAUUAAAGAACAUGAUGAUAAUAAUAAUUGGAAUGCAGAAAAUGUUCAUUUUCAACGUGAGGAAGUCGCUGCUAUAUCAAAUGCAAGACAAAAAUGUAUUCAAGCGAGUAAAUUGGAAAAGUUAAAUGAAAACCAACCCAUUGAAUAUGAAGAAACACCUGAAGAAUUGUUUAAAAAUUUUGAAAACAAUAAAAACAAAUGCCUAAAUAAAAAUAGAAAUAAAAUCAGUAAUAAUAAAUUAUACGUAGAAGGUAUAAAACUAGGUGAUCAAUAUAACACGAACUCGAAAAGAAUUUCAAGUUCUGUGCAAAUGAAAGUAGUUAAAACGGUCGAAUCCUUGCGAUAUUUUCACGAUAAAGUAUCAGAUAAUAUAUUUAAAAUCCCUAAUAUAAAAAAAGAUUAUUCAACUAAUAAAGGGUUAAAGAGUAAACAAAAUUUUAUGAUUAAAAAGAAAACUCCAUAUAUAAUCGAGAAAAGCAUUAAAAAAUUUACCUUUGAUGAAGCGAUGCACCAGAGAGAAAAUCUAAGUUUACACAAAAACCCAGAUCCACGACACAAUAUUAAAGAAACCAAAUUAAAUCUAUAUCCAAAAGAUGAAUACAAAUAUGUAAAUUUGUAUGCGAACUCGAAAGCAAAGAAAUAUGAUAAAUCAAAAUCUGAAUCAUCAAGAUGGUUGCCGUACAUGGUACAAAAAUGUCAUCAUUGGCGUAAUAUUGCAUUUCAAUCAGAUGAAAACGAAUCUGUUCAGAAGGAAAAAAACUAUGAUAAUUGUGAAUAUCUUCGACAAACGAAAAUAAACAAACAAAAUGAAAAAGUAAUACAAACAAAAACGAAAAUAUACACUUCAAUAUCGAAGAAUGGGGUGCUAAAAUCGGAUAAAGAUAAAACAGAUUAUCCGGCAAAAAAUAUUAAACGUGUAACGUUUUCUGAUAAAGAAAAAAGAAGGAAAGAAAUAGUAGAAUCCAAAAGUUUCCUAGAUCCAAUUUUAAAUCUUGGAGUGAAAUUUAUACAGACUUUAGGUAAUAUCCGUAAUUAAAUCGUAUUAUAUAAAAUAGCAAAUCAUCAAAAUUUCCUCCGCGAAAACAUAUUGUU